AUGCGUGCACAGGCUCGUGAAGCCAACCAGAACAGUGACAGCACUCCGAGUGCACCACGUUCAGCGGUUGCAACCACCCUGCAAGGACGCUGUGUCGUCGUGGGCGUAACCGGUUCCGUUGCCGCGCUACGCUCUUUGGAGCUUGUGGAAGCGUUGCGGGCUCGCAGGGCAAACGCGCUGGUUGUCGCAACCGCCAACGGACUGCGCUUUCUCGGCCAGGCGGCAGCCGAGUAUUCUGGUGCUGCGUCAGCGCUAGCACCUGCUGAUCUAGUAGCGUUCUUUCGCGAGCGAGGCGUUUCGCUUUUCACGGACGAGGACGAGUGGCGCAGCUGGGCGAAAAUCGGGGACCCCGUGCUUCAUAUUGAGAUUCGACGUCAGGCGGAUAUCUUGGUUGUUGCGCCAGCAUCCGCAAACGCGCUUGCGAAACUGGCGUACGGCAUCUGUGACAACUUGCUGUUGUGCGUUGCGCGAGCGUGGGAACUUGGCUCCAAACCCGUUCUGGUUGCGCCCGCAAUGAACACGGCCAUGUGGCAUCAUCCGGUAACAACGGAACAUUUACAAUUACUGGUCAAGCGAGGGACGCACAUCAUUGAGCCGACGGUGAAAAUGCUUGCCUGUGGUGACACCGGAGUGGGGGCAAUGGCCAGCGUCGACACCAUCGUUCGAGCGAUAGAGGACCAGCUCACGGGAGCGGUGUCGGGUGCAGCGUCGAGCGCACCAACGACGUAG